AUGACGACCAUGGAUCUGCGUGUCGGUAACAAGUACCGCAUUGGCCGUAAGAUUGGUAGCGGUUCUUUCGGUGACAUUUACCUGGGCACCAACAUCAUUUCCGGUGAGGAGAUUGCCAUCAAGCUCGAGAGCGUUAAGGCCAAGCACCCCCAGCUCGAAUAUGAGGCCCGCGUCUACAAGUCUCUGGCUGGUGGUGUCGGUAUCCCCUUCGUUCGCUGGUUCGGUACCGAGUGUGACUACAACGCCAUGGUUAUUGACCUCCUCGGUCCCAGUCUGGAGGACCUGUUCAACUUCUGCAACCGCAAGUUCUCGCUCAAAACCGUUCUCCUGCUGGCCGACCAGCUCAUCUCCCGUAUCGAGUACAUCCACGCCAAGUCGUUCAUCCACCGUGAUAUCAAGCCCGACAACUUCCUGAUGGGUAUUGGCAAGCGCGGUAACCAGGUCAACGUGAUCGAUUUCGGUCUAGCCAAGAAGUACCGGGACCCUAAGACCCACUUCCACAUCCCGUACCGUGAGAACAAGAACCUCACUGGUACUGCCCGUUAUGCCAGUAUCAACACCCACCUGGGUGUCGAGCAGUCCCGCCGUGACGACAUGGAGUCGCUCGGAUACGUGAUGCUCUACUUCUGCCGUGGUUCUCUGCCUUGGCAGGGUCUGAAGGCUGCUACCAAGAAGCAGAAGUACGAUCGCAUUAUGGAGAAGAAGAUGACUACCCCCACUGAGGUUCUCUGCCGCGGUUUCCCCAAUGAGUUUGCCAUCUACCUGAACUACACCCGCUCCCUCCGCUUCGACGACAAGCCAGACUACUCGUACCUCCGCAAGAUCUUCCGUGACCUUUUCGUUCGUGAGUCCUUCCAGUACGACUAUGUCUUCGACUGGACCGUCUAUAAGUACCAAAAGAACGCCGCCAUGAUUGUGGACGCCACCAAGAAGGACAAGGACGACGAGGCUGUCCGCCGCCAGGCUGCUGCUGCCCCCUUGGGCGCCAGCAGUGCCGCCAAACCCGGCGCCAUCUCCGGCCAGCGACGCAAGGUCAUUGACCGCGGUACUCUCGACAACACUCCGGACACCAACCGUGCCGUGGGAGGAAGUGACAGGAUUCUUCGGCGUUAG